UUGAUGGGUGUUCAGCCGGGCGAAUUAGUGUAUUUUGUCGUUGAAGUGCAACACAGAGAGCAGUUCUAAUAUCAAAUUUCACCGACUGUAAAGUUUUAUCACAUAAUUACCCAUAUGCAAUAGAAUCUUGCAGAGGAAAUUGCAGAUUCAUCGAAAAGUGUUGUGAAAUGGCAGAUCCGAGAGUGAAACAGCUUAGAAUUAAAACUGGUGUUGUUAAGCGUCUUUUCAAAGAGAAAAUUUCAUACGAGAAAGAAGCUGUCUCCCAGAGGAAUCGCAUUGACAAGUUCAAGGGUGAGGGAAAGGACGAGCACGUAAUCCGUAAAGAAGAGGAAGUUCUUCAGGAGUGCCUUAUGAUCAUUCCGGACAGUCAGCGAAGACUUGCCAAAGCAUAUGAAGAAUUGAAAGAGUUUCUCAAGGCUGAGGAGGAUCUCAAGGAAACUGAAGAAUACACAAAUGCAAUGGCUGUGAUUGAAGAGGCAAAAGUGCAACUCCCAUAAAAUAUUCAUCAACACACUCGUGUCUCUGAAGGCAAAUUAAUUUUUUCUAACAAAUGCACAAAGACUUUUAAAAUUAUUAAUCAAAAAAAACAGUCUUACUAAAACCAUGAAUAAAUCCAAGUCAAAACUAUCGCCUUUCUCGGCACUUAAACAAUCCAGUCCACUAAGAAAUCUUAGACCACCUCAACGAGAUGAAUCGCCCAAGGAAGGACCAAUUACUAGAUCCCGAACUGCCUCUUCGAGGCCCAGAAAGAUGGACGAGGCAGACAAGCCAGAAGCAUCGAGUCGGAAACGAGUGGAGAAGAGUGAAGAGAGGACCUCUAAGGAGUUCACAAACAGACCCUACAAUCACAGAAGAAGUAAAAUUGUAACACAUGCAAAGGAUUCAGAAGUACGGACAAAAGAUCAAACCAAAUAUUCUGAUUACCGCAGGAGACAUUCCGAGUACCGACCUAGAGAUUCGACACAAUUCCAUUUUCAACUGAAAGAAUCCCCAAAGAAAGAUUCAAAAUCAAAAAAUGAUCCAAAUCCUGGAAGUAUUUUCCCACGAAGGUCCUCUGCAAUGUCUUAUGCGGAUUUGCAUAUGUUUGAUCCAACUGUUCCGCCACCAAAUUUCUCUAAGCCUCUUCCUGAUUUUUCUGGCAAUACUGUCAAUGUUCCGCCUCCUCCCAUUUCUGGAACCUCAAAAUUUUCCCAACCAGGACCUUCUAAAGCUUCCACUUUUAGAUUUGAAUUGCCACAGGAGACUUUCCCUGUCACCUCUAAAGCCUCUACCUCAAAAUUGUCCCAAAAGCCCGCUGGGGACGGCAAAAGUGCUCAGGAAAUUCUGAAGGAAUUCCUCAAGAAGCGUGGCUACAGCACACAAAAACGUCCAAAACCGACACCUACACCAGAUGAUGAUGCAAUGGAAGUAGAAGAGGGGCCAAAGAUGAACAUUGCUCUGGCACAGGCUAUCCUUGAACAAUGUCGAGUUAUAGAAGAGAAGAUCUCCAAGCUAAGGGCACAUAUGGUGGCAGAAGUUGAUACCAUUCCGGACUAUGAGUGGGAAAUGAAGAGUCAGCAGAUGACUAUCUAUCGGAUGGAGAUUUGUGAGAUAUUGGACCCUAUUCUAGCACCGGGUGCUAUUGAGAUGCUCCAGGAGAGGCUUAAAGCACGUCAGGCCAAGCGGGAAUGGUUCCACAAGAAAAAUGCUGUCUAUAGGAGUCAGAAGCAGAUGGAGAAGGAGCGUAGGAUUCGCACAAAGGCCUUCAUUGAUGAGUGGAAUGAGAAAUUGAGGCAAAUGGAGGAUGAGAAGAGAGACAAGGAACUGGAGAAGCAAGCAGCCAAGGAGCUUCUCGUGGAUGUCACAAAGAGAAUCAGAGAGACCAAAAAGUUUAUUGAAAUCUUUGGACGUCUCAAGCAACUCUCAUUGGUGCGUAUUGUAGCAGAUGGUCAGAAUACUGGAGCUCCAGCUGAGGAUUUUAUGAAGAAAAUGGGUCAGUAGAAGAAUCUCUAAAAAAAAAAUUGCAUUGUAUAAUUUCAAAAAAUUUAUUUCCCAAUAAUCCUCAGAUGAACUUCAAGCUGUUUGGGAGGAUCUUCUUGUGGAAUAUCAAGAGGAAAAAAUCACACUUGAUACCAUCCUCGAUCGUCGUACUUCACAUGUUCCUCUGCCGCCAGAACCAAAGUCCAUCCAGGCACAGUGGCUGGAGACGAUUUUUGGCGCCGAUAGCAUCUAUGAUGAUAACAAUCCACUCCUGAUCGCUGAACGUGAUAUCAGUAAUUUCUUUCACAUACGCGCACUCUGGGAUCGAUGUAUUGUGCCCGAUGGAGCUCCACCGGACAUGGGAUCAUCCAUUCCACUCUUCUGGGCUUUACCCUCACGCAAUUCCACAUCCCAGUGGUGGCCAUACCUUCAGAAGAAUUCGAACUGAUACCCCAGAGAUUGACGAAGAAAAUCAGUGAAAUUCACAAAUUUUCUUACACUCCUUUAUUUUUUUUUUAAAUUAACAAUUUCUUUAGUCUUGUAGACACAGUGUGAAGUAUAUUUCUUAUUUCUUUAACAAAUGAAUUCUAUAAUUAAUUAUUUUUGACGAUCUCUUACAUGUAUUAGUCUCUAAUCUAAUAUGCGAUAAUUUCUGAAAUAAAAGUUACAUGAAUUUCUUAAAA